AUACAGCUUUAGGAUGACAACCAGCGAAACGUAGAUACGAAUAUAGAACGUCGCAAAGCAGUUCCGAGAUUCCUGCUUCUAUCGGCGACCUUAAUGUCAUAUGACUUGCUUAAUGGGUAUCUUCAAGUUAGCAGCAGCGUUGACAUCAUCGGCCGCAGCAAAAGCGAUGAAACAAGCCGGACCAAUUAUCGGAAAACCACAGGACCCAUUGGUUGGCGGAAGCGGUACCGUGAUCGCACGCAACCUUACCACCCAGCUGAGCACAUUUCAAAAGCCUUAAAAAUUAAGCAGAACUGCCUGAAGAUAUGCGUGUUCUUCAGUGCCACCAACAAAAUAAAGAUGCAACAAAACAAGGAGAACCUUUGUCCUUCCAUGAUUAUCCUAAAUAAAAUGUUUGCUUCAAGUUUCUUUUUUCAGAAUGGCACCUUGCAGACUGGCCCCGGGCUGAGCCAGUGCGCGGUCGCCACUGCGGUGACAGGCAGCGGCCUGGUGACGGUGAACAGGACGGUCGUCGAGAUCUCCAUCGUGUGGCGGUGA